UGCAGCAUUUGUAGAGGACUUGUUGGAUUACUAAAUUGAUUUUUUGAUUUUCUUUUGUUUUACAUUUUUUGAAAGUGUUGACUUCACCUGUGGAUAUUUCAAACCUCAGUUCGAUAAGUUUUGAGCUAAGGUUGUAUAGAUGGACUGAGUAAGAUGGAGCACCUUUCCCCACACGAUGGAAACUCCUCAUCAGUCAACACGGAGCUCCUGUCUCCGACUGGCUACACAGUACUGGCCGUUAUCAUGGGUGUGUUGUCUGUGGCGGGGAUCAUCCUCAAUUUGUUGGUGAUCGUGGUGACAGUGAGACACAGACAGCUGAGGCAGCCGCUCAGCUACGCUCUGGUGAACCUGGCCAUAUGUGACCUGGGCUGUGCUGUGUUUGGAGGUGUGCCCACCACAGUAACCAGCGCCAUGGGAUACUUCAGUCUGGGACGUGUGGGCUGCGUAUUAGAGGGCUUUGCUGUGGCCUUUUUUGGUAUAGCAAGUCUGUGUACAAUAGGAGUCAUUUCUGUUGAACGCUACAUGGUGGUGUGCUAUCCCAUGGGUGCUGUCCUGUUCCAGACCAGACAUGCUGUUGCUGGGGUUGUGCUGUCCUGGGUGUGGUCGUUUGUGUGGAACACUCCACCUCUGUUUGGUUGGGGAAGUUAUGAGCAGGAGGGCGUCAAGACCUCCUGCGCCCCGAACUGGUCCAGCCGGGACGUCGGGAACAUGUCCUACAUCAUCAUAUACUUUUCCCUUUGCUUUGCUGUGCCCUUCUCCAUCAUCACGGUGUCUUACUUACGACUCUUGUGGACCCUACGUAAGGUGACCAAGCUGCAAGUAUCUGAGGCUGGCAGCACAAAUCGCGUGGAGGUGCAGGUGGCUCGUAUGAUAGUGGUGAUGGUGUUGGCCUUCCUGGUGACCUGGCUUCCAUAUGCUUCCAUGGCCCUCGCUGUCAUCAUGGACUCCAGUUUACAUAUUGACCCCAUCAUCGCUACCAUACCUGUCUACUUGGCUAAAAGCAGCACCGUCUAUAACCCAAUCAUAUAUAUUUUCAUGAACAGACAGUUUCGGGGAUACGCUGUUUCCACUGUCCUGUGUGGGUGGAACCCGUGGGCCUCAGAUCAACAAAUGUCUGAGGAUGAAACAACGGUUGCGUCUCUCAACAAGAGCCAAAGAGUCUCACCUAAACAAUCUUUGAAUGAAUAAAAGUGUACAUGGUCUCACUCCCGAGGCGGCAUCACCAGAA